AUGUACUAUCGUAAUAUUUUCGCAAACUUGGCACGUUACUACUAUUUAGUAAUGAUGUAUUUACUACUUUUACAACCCGUGCCCCGUCUAGCAUGGCUCACGUCCAUCUGUCGGCUGGUCUGGAUUGUUUGGCUCACAAAACCCGGCUACGCUGUUAUAUAUGAACUACUCACGGAAAAUUUUGAAAAGCUCGGGCACAUAGUCGGCAGUGUCUUGUUUGUCUUUAAGAUACUAACGAACAUAGUGACCUACGUCGAAUCCAUGUGUAAGAUAAAACACUACCAGCAGCUGCGACGCCUGGAAAUCGAAAUGGAUGCAUUGCUACGAAACCAUAUCGACAAUACGGCGACAUCAGAGCGAAAAAUGUGGCUCAAAGUAUUCUACUGUACGUUCAUACAAUUCGUAUACGAUAUCCUUCAGCUUGUGCUUGCCUUCAGAUACUACAUGUCGCCGGUAUUUUACUACGCAGCGCCAAUGAUGUCAAUCGAACGAGCACGUUAUGCACAAAUCUCGCUUACAAUUGAGCGUCAAAAUGAGCGCGCACGCAGUUUAACUAGUUUGCUGCGGGUUCUGGUAAAAGCUAAUCGUCCAAAACAUAAAUACACAAGUGAUGUGUGGCAACCCUAUGCUUUGUGGGAAUAUGAAAACCUGAACUCUUUACGUCUGCUACAAGGACGGCUCUGCGAGCUGUAUCAAUGUGUUGGCGAUUGCUAUGGUUGGUCCAUCACUGUUUUGCUAUUUAAGACAUUCUUCACUGUAGUAGCCAACAUUUUUUGGUGCAUUGAAAUCUUAAGUCGUGAUUUUCGGGUCGGACAGUUCAUGUAUGAUGCGCUGACCAUAUUGAGGUUAAGUACUUUAGCGGUGAUAUUGUUGAUCACUGCUGACAAAGCGAGGCAACACAAUAUGCAAAUAAGCGGCCUCAUCUUCAAGUUGGCGAAACCGCUGGGCAAUAAAGCUUACAACGAUCUCCUCUCCGCUUUCUCACUACAAUGUCUACAUCAACCAUUUAUGAUAAAUGUAAAAGGCUUUUUCAGAUUGAAUUUACCCUUACUAGGUGAUGUAAGUAUUGAGAUUUAA